UUAUACGUUGUGGCUGGUUUGGUUGUUGCAGAAUAUAGAAUGAGAUAGAGAGAGAAAGAAAACGAUAAAAGAAAAAGGGACGAAACGAAACAUUGAGACACAAAAAGAAAGAGAUAGAGACACACAGCUCUAUUAACUUCAUCACAACAAUAACACUAUCUUCUUCAUUUUCACUCCUUCACUUCAUUCUAUUCAUUUUCCUUUUAAUUCCACAAUUCUCAUUUUCAUCAAAAUCAUCAAUUUCUUACACUUGCUUCUUCUUCCUAUUUCACUUUCCUUAAAUUGUUUAUUCUUUUUAUUUCAUUAAUUAUUAUUGUUUUUGUUAUCAUCAACAUUUUUCCUGUUCUAUCGAAUUGGUGCGAAUUGUGAGAUCUACAAAACGGUGCGUUUUAAUUGCUAUACUCGGCGUUCAGUUUAUCGGUUUGGAUCCGAUCGGGGAAGAAACAGCGCCAUCCAAUGGCGCUGUUCCGAAGGUUCUUUUACCGGAAACCGCCGGAUCGUCUUCUUGAGAUCUCCGAGAGAGUCUAUGUUUUUGAUUGCUGCUUCUCUACGGAUGUCUUGGAAGAAGAUGAGUACAAAGUCUAUAUUGGGGGCAUUGUAGCUCAGCUACAAGAUCACUUUCCAGAUGGUUCUUUCAUGGUGUUUAAUUUCAGAGAAGGGGAUAGACGCAGCCAAAUUUCAGAUAUAUUAUCUCUUUGUGACAUGACAGUUAUGGAGUACCCUCGGCAAUACGAGGGGUGUCCACUUCUGCCUUUAGAGAUGAUUCAUCACUUCCUUCGAUCAAGUGAAAGCUGGCUGUCUUUGGAGGGGCAACAAAAUGUGCUUUUGAUGCACUGUGAAAGGGGGGGUUGGCCCGUCCUCACAUUUAUGCUAGCUGGUCUUUUGUUGUACCGGAAACAAUACAACGGAGAGCUGAAGACUCUUGAGAUGGUCUACAAGCAAGCGCCGAGAGAACUUCUCCAGCUUUUAUCUCCUUUGAAUCCGCAACCUUCUCAGUUAAGAUAUCUCCAGUAUAUUUCCAGGAGACAUUUGGGAUCUGAGUGGCCUCCAUCAGAGACACCCUUAUAUUUGGAUUGUUUGAUUCUUAGAGAUCUUCCAUUAUUUGAUGAUGAAAAAGGUUGCCGGCCUGUUGUACGUGUUUAUGGUCCAGACCCUUCACAACCUGCCAAUAGAAGUUCUAAGCUUCUUUUCUCAACUUCGAAAACCCAAAACUUUGUCCGCCACUACCUGCAGGCAGAAUGUAUGCUCGUGAAAAUUGAUAUUCGUUGUCGUGUUCAAGGGGAUGUCGUUCUCGAAUGCAUACAUUUGAGUGAAGAUUUCAUUCGUGAGGAGAUGAUGUUUAGAGUCAUGUUUCAUACUGCAUUUGUACGGUCAAAUAUUUUGGUGCUGAGCCGUGAUGAAAUCGAUAUUUUGUGGGAUACAAAGGAUCAGUUCCCCAAGGAUUUUAAAUCUGAGGUGCUUUUUUUGGACGCUGAUGCUGUUAUACCUAAUCUAACCACAGUCCAUGUGAGUGAAGAUGUAAAUGAGACAGAAAGCGGUUCACCUGAGGAAUUCUAUGAAGUGGAAGAGAUCUUCAGCAAUGUAAUCGAUUCACAGGAAGGUAAGGGGGAUUAUGAUUCUCCAAUGGUUCAUGACAAUGCAGUAGAUGAUGGAAGCCGUAAAGAUGUCUGGAAAGAGUAUUCAGAUCCUCAUACUUUUCAGGAUUCUUCGACAGAUGAUGGGAUUCACCAUCAAGUUGGAAGGACGGAUUCUGGUAUUAAUGAGGUGAAAGACAUUACUGUUGAUGAUGUGAAAUACAAGCUCGACGAGCGUGUAGAUUCAGAUACUCAUGCAGUGAAAGAUAUUGCUGUGGAUGAUGGAGAAAAUAACUCAACUUCCAUUGCAGUCACUUUUGAUAUGAUGGAAACUCUGGAAAGGCAGGAAGUCACUUCGGAUGUGCAUGAUGAUUCGGCAGUUGUGCGAAACAAGUAUGGCGAAGAUAACAAUGCAACGCUAAAAGAAUUAGAGGCGGAGGAAGGGCAGCAGAUGCAUGAUCUCUCCGAAUCAGUAUCUGUUGAAAAGAAACAACUUUCUUCAAUUGCAGCAAAGCAAAAGACUAAAAAUCAAGAACUCCAGGGAUUUCCAGCAAAACAAGCAAAGGCAAAUGCAACAACUAGGUGGAUACCUUCUAACAAGGGUUCUUAUCAAGAUUCGAUGCAUGUUUCAUAUCCACCGACGAGGCAUAUUAAUUCACCAGUUGCUCUGCCAAGUGCUAUCUCUGCAAAGGAGAAAAUGACUAAUGCCAAAGAAAAAUAUGUUUCUAGUUCUCAUGCCUAUGAAGCAGUUGAUUCUAUGGACAUGACCAGUGACCUGAAAAAUUGUAAUGGGGACAAUUCACCACCUCAUCCUCCCCAUCCACACAUAUCACCAUCUUCUUCCUUGGAUGGUAAAGUGUCUACGAUACCUCAACCGCCGCCACAACCACCCCCAGCACCACCACCACCACCUACUUUGACAUUAUUUGGUAAGAAAAAUGAAAGGAUGGACUUAAAAGUUAUGACUCCUCCGCCUCCGCCUCCAUUGUUUGGGCAAAAUAGAGGGAGCUCAUUACCUCUUCCUACUCAUUGGAAGUCCGUUUAUUCAUCAAUUGAUGUAGUUGAAGAAAAUAAUGGUGUUUUACCUUCAACUCCUCCUAUAGUAGGAAGUGCAAUUACAUCAAAAGUUUCUAAAUUAGUUGGUGUGGUGUCCCAUUCUCGUCCUCCUCCUCCACCACCUCCCCUGCCUCCUUUGUUAUAUAUGGAUAGAGCUUCAAUCCUUCCUCCUUCAACACCCCCAACAUCACUUCUCGCUCCACCCACACCACCUCCACCUCCUAUUGUAUAUAGAGCUCCAACAUCACCACCUUCAUCUUCUUUUACUAGAGCCCCACCACCUCCACCGCCACCUUUUAGUAUAGCUCCAUCACUUCCACCUCCACCUCUUCCUCCAUCAAGUGGAGCACCUCCACCACCACCACCUCAUUUGAUGUCUAAGGCCCCUCUUCCACCAUUCUAUAGAGCUCCACCACCACCACCACCACCACCACCACCACCUGUUCCUCCAUCAAGUGAAGCACAACCUCCGCCACCACCACCACUUCCUCCAUCAAGUGGAGCACCUCCACCACCACCACCACCUCUUCCUUCAUCAAGUGGAGCACCUCCACCACCCCCACCACUUCCUUUGAUGUCUGAGGCCCCACUUCCCCCACCUCCACCAUUCUAUGGAGCUCUACCACCACCACCACCUCCUUUGAUGUCUAAGGCCCCACCUCCCCCACCUCCACCAUUCUAUGGAGUUCCACCACCACCACCUCUUCCUCCAUCAAAUGGAGCACCUUCACCACCACCACCACCUCCUUCGAUGUCUAAGGCCCCACCUCCACCAUUCUAUGGAACUCCACCACCACCACCACCACCACCACCUCUUCCUCCAUCAAGUGGAGCACCUCCACCACCGCCUCUUUUGAUGUCUAAGGCCCCACCUCCUCCACCUCCACCAUUCUAUGGAGCUCAACCAUCACCACCACCACCACCACCACCACCACCACCACCUCUUCCUCCAUCAAGUGGAGCACCUCAACAACCACCACCACCACCUCAUUUGAUGUCUAAGGCCCCCCCUCCCCCUCCUCCACCAUUCUAUGGAGCUCAACCACCACCACCACCUCCUCCUCUUUUGAUAUCUAAGGCCCCACCUCCUCCACCCCCACCAUUCUAUGGAGCUCCACCACCCCCCCUACCUCCAAUGCAUGGAGCGCCACCCCCACCACCUCCAAUGCUUGUAGCACGAGCACCACCUCCUCCACCACUUCCAGGUGGUCAAGGCCCACCUCCUCCGCCACUUCCAGGUGGUCGUGGCCCACCUCCUCCACCACUUCCAGGUGGUUACGGCCCACCUCCUCCUCCACCUCCGGGUAGUCAAGGCCCACCUCCUCCGCCACCUCCAGGUGGCCGAGGCCCACCUCCACCACCUCCUCCUGGAGGUCAAGCUCCUGGUGCUCCUGCACCUCCUAGACUUCCAGGUGGUGCACCUCCACCACCUGGGGCUGAUCCUAGAGGGAGAGGGCGUGGACUUGCACGUCCUACAGGUGCUAGUGCAGCAGCACCUCGACGAUCCUCCUUAAAGCCUCUUCAUUGGAGUAAGGUAACAAGGGCACUCCAAGGAAGUUUAUGGGAAGAAUUACAAAGACACGGAGAAUCUCAAAUUGGACAAGACUUUGACGUUUCAGAGUUAGAGAAGCUUUUUGCUGCAAAUGUUCCAAAACCUGCAGCUUCUGGGGGUAAAGCUGGGCAGGGCAAGGCUGCAGGAUCCAAAAAUGAGAAAGUCACCUUGGUUGACCUAAGGAGAGCCUAUAAUACUGAAAUUAUGCUCACAAAAGUUAAGAUGCCACUUCCUGAUAUGAUGGCUGCAGUACUGGCUAUGGAUGACUCAGUAUUAGAUGCUGAUCAAGUGGAAAAUCUUAUUAAAUUUUGUCCUACAAAAGAGGAAAUGGAUCUUUUGAAGGCAUACACUGGUGACAAGGAGAAUUUGGGAAAGUGUGAACAGUUCUUUUUUGAGCUGAUGAAAGUGCCACGAGUGGAGUCGAAAUUAAGAGUUUUCUGUUUCAAGAUUCAGUUUCAGUCUCAGAUUACAGAGUUCAAUAAGAGUUUAAAUAUAGUGAACUCUGCUUGUGAAGAGGUCCGAAAUUCACUCAAACUGAAGGAGAUUUUGAAGAAAAUCCUUUAUUUGGGUAAUACAUUGAAUCAAGGAACCGCAAGGGGGUCUGCUGUUGGAUUCAAGAUGGAUAGCCUUUUAAAGCUCACUGACACUCGUGCUUCUAACAGUAAAAUGACACUGAUGCAUUAUCUUUGCAAGGUCCUAGCUGAAAAGUCUCCUACACUCCUUGAUUUUCAUCUUGACCUUGUUAGCAUAGAAACUUCCUCUAAGAUACAAUUGAAGUCAUUAGCAGAAGAAAUGCAGGCAAUCACCAAGGGAUUAGAAAAAGUAAACCAGGAGCUUGCUGCAUCUGAAAAUGACGGUCCAGUGUCUGACGUUUUCCGUAAGGAUUUGAGCACGGGGAAGAUGAUUGGCAAUGCUAAGGAGAGUGGAGGACUCUAUUAUCUUGACAAUGGACUCGACUUCAAAGACCAACAAAAAACAAGUACCUGCUUUGAAUCUAUUUUUGUUUCUUCUAAUAAUGAUGAUAUUAUGUUAUGGCAUUUACGGUUAGGACAUCCUAGUUUUCCGUAUUUGAAACAUUUGUUUCCUAAAUUAUUUUCUAAGAAGGAUCCAUCUUUAUUUCAUUGUGAAACUUGUGAAUUUGCUAAACAUCACCGUUCUUCUUUUUCUACACAACCAUAUAAACAAUCAAAACCGUUUGCAGUUAUUCAUAGUGAUGUUUGGGGUCCUAAUAGAAUAAACACAUUUUCUAAUAAAAAAUGGUUUAUAACUUUUAUUGAUGAUCAUACUAGAAUUUGUUGGGUUUAUUUAUUGAAAGAAAAAUCGGAAGUUGGACAGGUUGUCAAAAAUUUCUUUAAAAUGGUGCACACUCAAUACCAAACAAAUAUUCAAGUCUUCAGAAGUGACAAUGGUAAAGAAUAUUUUAAUAUACUUUUGUCCGAUUUUUUUCUUGCAAAUGGGGUUGUUCAUCAAAGUUCUUGUGUUAAUACACCCCAACAAAAUGGAAUUGCAGAGAGAAAGAAUAGGCAUCUCCUUGAGGUUGCUAGAGCUUUACUAUUUGCAAAUAAGGUUCCAAAAUAUUUGUGGGGUGAAGCUGUUUUAACUGCAUCAUAUUUAAUCAAUCGAAUGCCAUCUAAAGUUUUAGAUUUUCAUACACCUCUUGAUGUUUUUCGAAAUUAUUUUCCAUUGACUAGUGUCUCUGCUGAUUUGCCACUAAAAGUUUUUGGUUGCACUGCUUUUGUUCAUGAACAUAAACACCUUGACAAACUCGAUCCACGAGCAAUAAAAUGUGUGUUUACCGGUUACUCUCCAACUCAGAAGGGGUAUCGGUGUUUUGAACCAAAAUCAAAAAGAAUUUUUGUAACCAUGGAUGUUACUUUUGUUGAAAAUCAACCAUUUUUUAGUGACAUUCAUCUUCAGGGGGGAAAUUUUAAGGAAGAUUCAUCUUUUACUUUUGAAAACAUCAUUACUUUAAGUGAUAUAGUGUUGUCACAAAAUUCUGAGACUUAUAUUGAUGCACCAAAAGAAAAUGCCCAAGAAUCCAUAUUGAAACUCAAUCCACUUAUGAAUGAGGUUUCGACAGAUUCGGGGGCGACAAUUUCAAAUGAAAAUCACAAUGAUCAAAUUCUUGAUCUCAAUAAUAAUAAAGGACCACCUGAAAUGCCACAACAUAAUGACUCAGAUAAAGAGACACAAAGCAGGUUUACUACAAUUGACCCUACUUGGAAGGAAAAUGUCUUUGAAAGAAGAAACCAUAAACAGAGAAAUGAAGGACCCAUUCUCCGACCCUUCCAAGAUUCUGAACCGAUAGAUAAUCCAACACAUCAUCUUGAUACAGGUAAGUCUUCUUCUAUUCUUAAGAGUUAUGUCGAGUAUCCUGAUUUAGACCUUCCUAUUGCAAUUAGAAAACCUAUUAGAUCAUGCACUAAAUAUCCUUUGUCUAAUUAUGUGUCAUACUCAAAAUUGUCUUCUUCAUUUGCUGCAUUUACCUCUAAGUUGUCUACUGUAGAAAUUCCAAAAAAUAUACAGGAGGCUCUAAAAAUUCCAAAGUGGAAGGAAGCUGUUCUUGAGGAGAUGAGAGCUCUUGAGAAGAAUCAAACUUGGAGAGUCAUGACAUUACCUACAGGAAAGAAUACUGUUGGCUAUAAAUGGGUAUUUACUGUGAAAUAUAAUUCUGAUAACACAUUUGAAAGAUACAAGGCACGGUUGGUUGCUAAAGGAUUUACUCAGACAUAUGGCAUUGAUUACUCAGAGACUUUUACUCCCGUUGCCAAAUUAAACACUAUUAGAGUUCUCUUGUCCUUGGCAGUGAAUUUAGAUUGGUCUCUUAACCAACUUGAUGUAAAGAAUGCUUUUCUGAAUGGUGAUUUGGAGGAGGAAGUAUACAUGGAUAGCCCACCUGGCUUUGAAGAUAAAUUUGGUUCAAAUGUGUGCAAACUCCAAGGGCUUGGUUUGAAAAAUUAACUCAGUCGGUCAAAAGGCAAGGAUAUAUGCAGGGACAAUCAGACCAUACUCUGUUCAUGAAGUUCUCUAAUGUUGGUAAAAUUUCAAUUUUAAUUGUAUAUGUAGAUGAUAUUAUUCUCACAGGAGAUGACAUUGUUGAGAUGGAAAGAUUGAAGA